AUGGCUUCGCGAUCUCCUCAUUCUACUGAGUUCGUUCCGCUUGAGAUCAUCCCAGAGGAGGAUCCAUCGUUUCCGUUCUUUCCCAAUAAUGACACAGUUUCCUGGGCCAAAUCCAGCCACGCCUCGCCAGCAAAGCGGUAUCUGUCAAUGUGGAGAUGCUCACAUGCCCGGUGCAACUCGCGCCCCUGGUCGAAACGAGCACUGUUCUGUCGAGGAGUGCAUCGGCCAUUCUGGAGCUUUGUGACUUUUCUUGGCCUGCUUAAGCUCAUUUCCUUGUUCUGGCAUGGUUUAGUCCACGUAUUCCCUGACGAUCUCGACACCGCUCUCGACGCGUGGAUGUUUCCCGGCGGCCGGCCGUCUGUCUUCUCGCACUGGACGACUCAUGGGGUUGUUCCCGUCGCGUGCCACUCUCACAACGAUUACUGGCGCCAUGUUCCGUUACUCUCCGCUCUCGCCGCGGGAUGUAUCAGUGUCGAAGCUGAUGUCUAUUUAUCGGGCAACGAGCUUUUGGUUGGACAUACGCGCCAUACCUUGGCACGAGGGCAAAACUUGCGCAAUUUGUACCUCGCUCCAUUGCUGAAGAUGCUCCAGGAACAUAAUACGGGUUCGAUAAAUCUGUCUCCAGAUGAGGAUUCGAUAAAUGACGACAUUGCGGGCGUGUUUGCCAAUGAUCCCACGCAAACCUUAGUCCUGGUCGUGGACUUCAAGCGGGACGGCGAGCGUAUAUGGCCUCACCUUGUGGAACAGCUUGAGCCGCUUCGUGAAGCAGGGUACCUGACACAUGUUAACGGCUCAUCGGUCAUUCGGCGUCCUAUAACCAUUGUCGUCUCUGGCAAUGCACCUUUUCAUCGAAUCACGGAACUAACUAACGCUGGUGAUAUUUUCUUCGAUGCUCCUCUCGACGAAGUCUCUCAUCUAUCUCCGAAUACGCCAGCAGAUGAGCUCCCAUACAACGCCCAAAAUAGCUACUAUGCCUCCGUCGACUUCCAAAAAGCAAUCGGGACUGUCAAGGGCAACCGCUUUUCCCAGGACCAGUUGGCCACAAUCCGCCAUCAGGUACGAGCAGCGCAUGAGCACGGUCUCAAGGUGCGAUACUGGGGUACACCGAGCUGGCCGCGCGGACUGCGGAAUCACGUUUGGCACGUGCUUGUGCGUGAAGGUGUAGAUGUCAUCAAUGUCGAUGAUUUGAGGGACGCAACCCAGAAGGAUUGGAGAAAACAUCGCAGCUGGUUAAUCUGA